AUGUUGCCGACGAUAAAAGACUCCGCAAGUGACGAAGAUGAAUACACGCCUCUCGCUGCAACGCUCGGACCAACACAAUCAGUUUUAUCGAGAUUAUAUAAAAUAUAUUGCUUAAAAAGUUUAUUUGCAGCUCGGGGCUUCUGGUUUUUGCGCAGCAAACACUUUGAACUAUGCGCCAGAGUUUUACAGCAUUCCCAGCACUUUCACAGGUUUACCUAUUGGUAAAUUAAUCCAUAAUGAGUUACAGGCGUCGUUCCUCAACAAUUUUACUCAGAGGAAUAUCAGGCUCCAGUUUAUCAGGAACUGAAGCCUCAAACUUCAAUAAUUGAACCGAAGGUUCAGGUUCUUUGCCCACCGCCUCCGAUUCCUCAUAAGGUUUUCUUAUUUGGUUUUUUGAAAAUAUUAAUUUGUUCUUCAGUUCCCUACUGUACCUAUUUGUGUACCUUUUAUCAUCAGCCAUCCUAACAAUGGAAUCGGUUUUUAUUUUCCUGAUUACUGUAAGUUCGAAGUUAUUUUUUCCAGAUACAGCCUCUCAACGGAUUCUAAGUAGUUUACCGUUCAUUCCACCGCCUUUACCACCACCAGUCAUCGAUUUUCGAACGGUAAUAAUGAAGAAAAAAUAAUAAUAAAGUUUGAAUUCCAGCUCCCUCAGAUCCCUUUCCAAUUCACGCAUGAAAGAAAAAAAACAAAGGUUGUUUUUAUUCAUUUUUCGAAAUUGAAAUAGACAAUUUAGGCCUCGAAAUCCGGUUCAAAUCAAGAAAACUCAGCUAAAAAACCAAUGGAUCGGCUUGCAUCGGUUAAUAAAAGCAACGUUCGAGAAGCUGGAGAAAAUUCGAAUGUAUUCUAAAGAUAUUCCCGAAAAAUUCAAGUCUAAUAACUUUCUUGUCAAAACUAAUAACACAAAAACCGAAUUUUUUUUUGCAAGUUUAAAAUCCUGAUGUUUUUAAUUCUUUAUAAGCUUGGACCCUUUUUUUAAGUGGUCACUUAAGGGAUUCCUCAAAGACCAGACUUCUAAAGAUGCUACUAAUUUUUAGCCGCUUGAGUGGCCACUAAUUUGGCUACUACAGUGGCCACUAAAACGUUAAAACCCUAAAGUGGCCUCUGAAAACCUUCCCAAGACUUUUAAAAAGGCCACUAAUUUUAGUCCCUUAAGUGGCCACUAAUUUGACCACUAUAGUGGUCACUAAACGGCCAAAUCCCUAAAGUGGUCUUUAAAAAUCUUCCCAAUCCACUUAGACUUCUAAAGAGGCCACUAAUUUUAGUCCCUUAAGUGGCCACUAGUUUGACUCUAUAGUGACCACUUGAACCACCCCUAUAGAAGUCGUAUUAGGGGCCACUACAGUGGUCUUUAGCGAUUUAGUAGUACCACCAAGAAUUCUCGAGAGGCCUAUAAUUCUUAGCCACUUAAGUGGUCUCUCAAACUUCAAAACCCUAAAAUGAUCCCUCAAAAAUCCCCUUUUUUUCAAGAAAUACAACAAGAAACCGGAAAUGCGGAUCUCCCAGGUGAUGAAACUUGAACGGUCGGAGCGAGUCAGAGCCCUGAAACUGGAAAAAGCCGCGGCGCUUGUUAGGUUUCUUCUUAUAACCUAUCCGGGAAGAAACUUGAAAACUUCCAGAGAAAAAGUGGCAAAAGCCGAGUUGCGCGAGAGACGGAUGAGACAACAGAAAGAAGGUUCAGCCCCUCAGGAACCGUAAGAAAAAAUUGAAUCGUAUUUUAAAAAAAAGUUUAGAAAAGCUCAAAACGAUGUGGAAGAAGGAGAGGAGGCUGAAAAAGGGGGUAAAAAAUCAAAUAAUAAUUUUCAGAAAUGGAAUUUUUUCCAGAAAAAGGACUCAGAAAAACGGGAAUGCCAUUUCCGGUGAGUUAUUUUUUAGAAUUUGUAUAAAAUACCAUAAUUUCUCUUAUAGACGCUUUCGAAAGAGAUGAAGUUGAUCUUUAAAAUCACAAAAAAUGUUUUUACUCUUGAUUUCUUUUUGAAACGAAGCUCACAAAAUGUUCCUUUAGAUAGUUCCUAUCAUGUCAGAAUCUCAAGAAAAUUGCAUUAAAACCUAAUUUUAAUUGAAAAUUUGUAAAUUUAUCCAUUAAUGGAGGACUUUGUUUGGCUAAAAACAAGAUUUCAAAAAAAAAAAAAAUCUUCCUAACGCUCAAAUUUGAGCUUUUCAUCAAAAUUAUGUCCAAGCCAGCUUGUGACGAUUUUUAUAUUUCUCCCAGAACCUUUCUCUUUGAAGCGCUCAGCCUGUUUCUGUUCAUGCGCCUUUAAUUUUACGAAAAUUUCGGGCUAAUUCAAAGGCGCAUGGCGAUAGACAGGCCGAGCGCAUCGAAGGGAAAGGUUCUGUAGCUGGAAUAAACUAUAGGUUACAUGAGAUUUUUUUGGGGUACAACCGGAAUAUCAAAAAAAAAUUUCUCUUACCGCUCAAAAAAUUUAUUGAGCCCAGUCCGCACAAGUUUGUCAAGAUUUUCAUUCUCCUCCCAGCUACAGAAGCUUUCCUUUCAAUGCGCGCAGCCCGUUUUUGCGCAUGCGCCUUUAAUAAAAUGGAAACUUUAGGUUUAUUUAAAGGCCCAUGGCCACGUGCCUUUAAUAUUUCGGAAAUUUUAGACUAAUUUAAAGGCGCACGAAUCGAAUAUUUCAGAUGAAUUGGGUUGAUAGUAAAGUCCGUUCGAAGCCGCUCUACAUUUAGCGGUGUUUAGAGGCUUUUGGAGUCGUUUUAAAUGAUUUUGAAGGAGAUUUAAAUUUUUCAUAGGCGCAGUGUGUGACCUAAAUCUCAUAGUAUAAUUAUCCAUUUUUUUUUCAAUUUUAUUAUGCGUUUUUCUCCGCUUGAAAAAACUGAAUUCAAGGAUCAUUUCAAGCCAUUUCUCGAACCUUCCAGAAAGAUUCUUUCGUUAUCCGCCUCUGCGAUAUCGACUCAAUAAAUCGGAGCAACGAGAUUUGGCGCGUCGACAACCAUAUCCUCAUGCAAAAGUUCACCGGGGUUCCUUCGGUUCGGAUCCCCGCCCGCCAGUUCCAACAGACCAAUCGUGUCAGUAGUCGAGAAAAUUUUAAAUCCACCACACGGCUUUUUCCAGUUAUCCGGCUAUGAUAUGCGAGCCGGCUGGCGUUUUUAUCGAAUCGACCCGCGGAAUAUUGAAAUCGUCAGCUCUGAGGUGCUUUUCAGCUGGAAAAUUCUCAGUGGCCUCUUAAGGGUUUUGGUGUUUUAGUGAGCACUAUAGGAGUCGAGGUGUCUCUAUAGAAGUGCUACUAAAGCCCAUUCACGGAUAUUUUAGGACGCAAAAAGGCGUGGCCUGUCUGCGCUCUCCACCAACCAGACACUAUCUCUUUUCUUAUCGUGUCAGGACCCAAUUUUAGAUGGCUCAAGUCAGCCGUAGAUCAGCUAUACUGGACCAAUAAAAACUACUUUAGUGGCCACUAAGAAGCAAAAUAGUGGCUUCUUGCAAGGUUAUUGAGUGCUCACUCUAGUGUUCUCUCCUUGAGGAACCUCUUAAGUGGCCACUAGAAUUUUUCCCGAUGUAUAAACAAGAUUUAUUUUUAGAUCAUGGAAAGGCACACAACUAGUUCUCUAGGAUAAACUUCAGUGGUCAUUCUAGAGUUUUGAUGUUUUAGUGGCCACUCUAGUGGUCAAAAUAGUGGCCGCUUGAGGGACUAAAAUUUAGUGCCUUCUUUAGAAGUCUGAGUGCUACCACUAAACCACUAAGAACUACUACAGUAGCCAAAAAAGUGGCUUCUAUAGAGGGGAUUUUAGUGGCCACUUUAGUAUCCUAGAGCAACCUCUUCAGUAGCCACUUAUUCCCAUUUCAUCGCCUCAAAAUGUCUCUCUUAGGUAACAAUCCACGAUUACCCCGACAUUUCUGUACUCCGGGAGGCAAAAAAAGCUUCCGAGGAACGGAACGAAGAAUUUGUCAGUUUCUGAUCGCGUUUUAAUAGAAAAAAUUUUGUUUAAAGAAAAAAAUCGAGUCUUCGGAAUAUCAAGAGAAAUUGGAGAUCUAUGAGCAGAAGAUAAGGAAACGGAUCGAAGACAAGAAACGGAAAAGACAGGCCAGGUGGAAGCAGAAAAUUUCCGAGAAGGGGGAGGUAAAAAAGGAAAAAAUUGUCUGUUGAGAUAAUCUUCAAAAAUCGUCUGUAGUCUGCUCAGAUUUUGAAUGUCAAGUCAGAUGACGUCAUUAGAAAACGCUCUCUGCGUGGCUUAUGUGACGUCAUUAGAAAAAGCUCUGUGGUUGGCUCGCUCUCUGCUUGUCGAGCCAAUAGGGGCGGAGCUUAAAAAAAACUUGACAUUCAAAAUCUUAACAGGCAGUAUUCGAAGCUUUCCAUGGAAUUAAAAAAUUAACGAUUUAAUCAAUAAUUCUUAAAAAUCAAUAGACUCAUUUCUUCUAAAUUCCACUACGAAGCUCCAGAUUACGCCCUUAACUUAUUCAGAUUCCAAUCUGUAAAAAAGCCAAAGAAGACGUCGAACCGCCGGCCGCGAAUAGCGACGAUGAGGAUGACGAAUACAUGACGUCAUCGGAAGAAGAAUACGAAGACGAAGACGUCAAGACGGUAACUGCGUCCGUCAUCAUUGACGUCUUCUUGACCUUUAGAAGCACGACGGCAGAGAAGACGUCGAUGGAGAGCCUGGAGUCGUCGUCGAGUAUUUGGAUGAGUACUCGACGCCUACCGUUCCAGAAGACGUCAAGGAUGUCGUGACGUCAUCUGAUGACGUCAAGGGUGAAGUCGUCGAAAUCGACGGCCAAUUCGAGAUGGACCCCAAGUGUAUUCGGAACAGUGUCAGUAUCAUCGAUUUGACCAUUUAG